AUGAAUGAUCCAAAUCACCCCAAUUAUGCACGCUCUCAAAGAGCAAAUAAAAAUGACAAAGGAUUAGAGGAAGUAGAUGAUCCCGAAAGCAAAAACUAGAGUGUAUACAUGAAUCAAUCAAAUACGAAUCUUUUCAAUGAGUCUUAAGCAAAAAUUAACAAGGGAGGUUAUAAUACAACACGUAGCGAUAACAAAGGUAGCCUAGAUGAAUCUCAGACUGAUUUGAAUUCUACUAUGAAUAAUAGUGAGAAUAGUAGCCAGAAAAAGAAAGGUCUAUUUGGGUCUAUCUUAAGUAAGGUUGGAAAGAUAGUAGGUGUCGUCACAUCGACAUCGAGUUAAUAGACUAAAGUUGAUACAGCUAGAUCAACAGAUAGACCUUCAUAAUAAGAGAGUAAGAGGACAGCUUCUCCAAAGGUAGUUGAUAGAUCAAACGAUACUGAUGACUAAGAAGGAGAUGAUGAGUAAGAAGAGGGGGAAGAAGGUGAAGAAGACGAUGAUGAAGACGAGGACGAAGAAGAUGAGGAUCAAGAUGAAUAUGGUGAGUAUCCAGAUGCAAGGCGUCAUUCUUCUGGGAAAAUUAUUAAGUCAAAAGAAUCAGGCCCUAGAAGUAAGAAUAAAAUGGAUUAAGAUAGUGAUGAUGACGAAGAUGAAGAUGAAGAAGAAAAAGAAGGCGAUGAUGACGAUGAAGAUGAGGAUGGAGAGGACGAUGAUGAAAAUGAUGAGGAAGAGAAAGAAGAGGAUGAUGGCGAAGGUGAAGAGGAAGAUGAUGAUGAGGAAUAAUCAAGUGAAGAGGAGAAAGAUCCAAUGGAUGAAUGUGUUCAUAGACUUCCUAGAAAGGGAUAGAGAGUUCACUUAGAGUAUUUUAAUGAAAUUAUCUAAAUAGAGAAAGAGUAGAAAAAUCCCCCGAGAAGAGGCUUUUUGAAAACUUUGAUUUGGGGAGAGGAUCCAGCAGAUAAGGCUGAACGUACAAGAUUUAUGACUAUGCAAGAGGGAAGAAUCAUAAUAUUGAAGGAAGGGGAAAAAGGAGUUAGGAAAUAUGGCUAGUAUUUCGCUACAUAGGAUAAUGACAAGGUGAAGAUGCCUUAAAUUGGAUGGAACGCUACUAUCUAAAGUGUCAGAAGUCUUUGCAAUUUAGAAAAGGUGACCUUGCUUAACUAUAAAGAAGUGUAUGGAAAUGAUAGCGAUAACGAUAGUAGUGACGAAGAUUAAAAGGCACAGCAAAUUAUAUAGAUGGUGUUAGCUUGGAGAGAAGAAACUGAGUUUUCUAAUUUUGGACCUCCAAGCAUGAUGGUCAGAUAAAAACUCUAUCUAAUAGAAAAGUAGCACCUAGAGACAUUUAUAAAUAGACUAAAGGUAGAACUGAAGAAGUGGAGAAAUAGAGAUGUUGCCUGCGAAUUGAAAUGA